AUGGGUCCACUCAGUGCUGUUCAAAUAGGUGUGGACUUUGCUGCACUGUCACAUAGCCUGUACGCACUGUAUCCCUGCUCUCCCCCGCACAUCGACCUGAGGUUGCGUGCCCUCAGUCAGUACCCACCAUGUUCCGUCCGCACCACCGCACCAGGCUCCUAUACUGUGCGCCUCAGCAGGUCACGCAGUCGGCGUCUGCCCAACCGCCGACCUGGCGACUGGCUCGUCAUGCCCAGCACCCGGUCUGUUUACUGCCUGCACUGCUUAAACGGCCUGCAGGCUCGUCUGCCCAGACGCCGCUCUGAGACUUGCCUGCACUCUCUCCUGACCAGCGCGUCUGAGGCCAUCCUGCCCGCCCCCGUCAGUAAGGAGGCGCCAGAGCGCGUCCAGCUAGUCCAGUGGAGCCGUCAGAGCGCCAGCAGCAGUCACAGGAGGCCGCCAGAGCCGCCAGGCCAGUCAGGAAAGCGCCAGAGCGCCCAGCCCAGUCCAGGGAUGCCGCAGAAGCCGCCAGCUCAUAAGAGCCGCCAGAGCGCCAGCAGUCAUGAGCCGCCUAGAGCCGCCUCAGUCAGUUCUCAGGGCGCCAGAGCCGCCAGCCAGUCAGCAAGCGCGUCAGAAGCCGCCAGCCAGUCAGACGAGCCGCCAGAUGCUCGCCACCCCACGUUCCCAGCCAGGCCAAGGAAAGGCUCCACCUGCGGCUGGGAGCAGCUUUAUGUCCCCACCAGCAACCCUCCUACUUUUGAGUUUGUCAGCGCUGCGUCUCCGAGGUCCGCACCUCCGGAGAAGGUGUCAGGGUCGGCUUUCCGUGGGAAGGUGAAACCUUUUUCAGCCCAGUUUCUGAGGGUCCUGACCUGCUCGGAGCAGGUUUUCAUCAAGGAUCUCUCUUGUCGUACCAGUAACAGGAAGAGUCUGAUCCUGUCCACCACCUCCCCKACUCUGCCCCACCGCCCACACUCUCCUCUGCCCCUCCCUGMACACCUCGGAAGUAGCCCUCUGGACAGCCCACGCAACUUCUCUUCCAGCACCCCGGCACACUUCUCAUUCGCRUCCUCCAGAAGGGCGGAUGGUCGCCGAUGGUCCCUGGCAUCUCUGCCCUCCUCUGGAUAUGGCACCAACACGCCCAGCUCCACGUCCUCCAGCUCGUCUCAGGAGCGGCUGCACCAGCUGCCCUUCCAGCCCACCAUGGACGAGUUGCACUUCCUGUCCAAGCACUUUGGCAGCACGGAGAGCAUCACCGACGAUGGGGGCCGCUGCUCACCACACAUGCGACCGCGCUCGCCGCAGCCUCAGUCCUGGACCGCUCCCCCUCCUGCCAACUUUAUUGACAAUGAGAUCGUCAUGAUGAACCAUGUGUACAAGGAGCGCUUCCCCAAAGCCACGGCUCAGAUGGAGGAGCAUCUAGCAGAGUUCAUCAAUACCUUCUCCCCUGAGAGCGUGCUGCCGCUGGCCGACGGGGUCAUCAGCUUCAUCCACCAUCAGAUAGCAGAGCUGUCCAGGGACUGCCUGUCCAAAGCUCGCGAGGGCCUCAUCACUACUGUCUACUUCUUUGAGCUGCAYGAGAACCUGGAGAAGCUGCUCAAUGACGCGUAUGAGCGAUCAGAGAGCUCAGAGGUGGCCUUCGUCACAGAGCUGGUGAAGAAACUCCUCAUCAUCAUCUCUCGCCCAGCAAGGCUGCUGGAGUGCUUGGAGUUUAAUCCAGAGGAGUUCUACCACCUGCUGGAGGCAGCAGAGGACCACGCCAAGGAGGGACACCUGAUGAAGACGGACAUCCCUCGCUACAUUAUCAGCCAGCUGGGACUGACACGAGACCCUAUAGAGGAAAUGGUGAACCUGGACAGCUACGACAGUGAGGGACCUCUCACCCCAGAAACAGACGACUCAACAGAGGGCAAGAUGAGAGCUAUGAAGACGCCCGAAGAGGCUGACUUCCAGACCAUAAAGCUGAUCAGCAAUGGAGCUUAUGGGGCUGUUUACCUGGUCCGUCACCUGGAGACCCGUCAGCGUUUUGCCAUGAAGAAGAUCAACAAGCAGAACCUGAUACUGAGGAACCAGAUACAGCAGGCCUUUGUAGAGAGAGACAUCCUGACCUUCGCUGAGAACCCAUUCGUGGUCUCCAUGUUCUGCUCCUUUGAGACCCGCAGGCACCUCUGUAUGGUCAUGGAGUAUGUGGAGGGGGGAGACUGUGCCACCCUGCUGAAAAACAUCGGGGCAUUGCCUGUGGAGAUGGCGCGCAUGUACUUUGCCGAGACRGUCCUGGCACUGGAGUACAUCCACAACUAUGGCAUCGUGCACCGCGACCUCAAACCAGACAAUCUUCUGAUCACUUCCAUGGGGCACAUCAAGCUGACUGACUUCGGCCUGUCUAAGAUGGGUCUGAUGAGCCUCACCACUAACCUGUACGAGGGACACAUUGAGAAGGACACCAGAGAGUUCCUGGACAAACAGGUGUGUGGCACGCCAGAGUACAUCGCCCCYGAGGUGAUCCUGAGACAGGGCUAUGGGAAGCCAGUAGACUGGUGGGCUAUGGGCAUCAUCCUCUAUGAGUUCCUGGUGGGCUGUGUGCCGUUCUUUGGAGACACGCCUGAGGAGCUCUUUGGACAGGUCAUCACAGAUGACAUAGUGUGGCCAGAAGGUGAGGAUGCUCUUCCUGCCGAUGCCCAACAUCUGAUCUCUACUCUGCUUCAGACCAACCCACUGGUCCGACUGGGCACAGGCGGUGCAUUUGAGGUGAAGCAGCACUCGUUCUUCACUGAACUGGACUGGAACAGUCUGCUGAGACAGAAGGCUGAGUUCAUCCCCCACCUAGAGUCAGAGGAGGACACCAGCUACUUCGACACCCGCUCGGACCGCUACCACCACGUCCUCUAUGAUGAGGACGACACCAAUGAUGAUGAACCUGUCGAAAUCCGUCGUUUCUCCUCCUGCUCCCCUCGCUUCAGCAAGGUGUACAGCAGCAUGGAGCACCUGUCCCAGCUAGAGCACAAGCCCUCGACGGUGACCCGGCGGGAGCACAAGGGCCCCAGGGAGGACCGGGCAGCCAAGAGAGAGAGCCUGGGUAGCCUGACCUUGAGAGAUAAGAGCUGGAGGACAGGAUCACCUGAGAUGAAGCGACUGUCAUGCUCAGAGUCCUCCUUCACUGAGAGUGACUCCAGUCCUCCAUCUGGGGCCCGGCGACGCUUUUCUGCACUCAUGGACACUCACCGCUUCGCCUCCCCACUAGAGGCCGAUCCUGAGCUGCKCGUGCCCACCAGACAGCCCCCAGUGAAGGCCAGGGGCACAUCUUUGGAGGGGGCCAUGGGCACCACAUCCAUGGGCACCACAUCCAGCCAGGGGGAUUUUAGGAAGGAAAAGGAGGGCAAUGGUUUGACUGCUGGAGACAAGCUGCUGAGGCCAGCUGAUGUACUAAUGGGAGUCAUCCCCAGCCCCAGCAGUACUGUGACUGCUGGGGCCACAGAGCCCCAGGGGUCCCGGGCCACCAACGAACUGGUCCUGAGGAGGGUCCGCCACAGCCAGCUCUCAGCUGAGGGAGAGAAACGCAACUCGCGACCUGUGACCAAGGUCAUCAAGUCUGCUCCAACCACAGCCCUGUCUGUCAUCAUAACCUACAGGUGAGGAGCUGGAAGGCAAGGGAGUGUGGAGCAGCAUGGUACGUCCCCCCUGGCCAGCCCCAUGUCUCCUCGAUCCAUCUCCUCCGACCUGUCGUCUCGUGACUCCUCCCCCAGCCGAGACUACUCGCCCACGGUCAACGUGCUGCGUUCUCCCAUCACCAUCCACCGCUCUGGGAAGAAGUACGGUUUCACCCUCCGAGCCAUUCGAGUCUACAUGGGAGACAGUGAUGUCUACAGCGUACACCACAUGGUCUGGCAUGUGGAGGACGGAGGCCCUGCCCAGGAGGCGGGACUCUGCGCUGGUGACCUCAUCACUCAUGUGAACGGGGAGUCUGUCCACGGGCUGGUGCACACUGAGGUGGUGGAGCUCAUUCUGAAGAGUGGAAACAAUGUGACGGUGACCACUACGCCCUUUGAAAACACCUCCAUCAAGAUUGGUCCUGCCCGCAAGUCCAGCUACAAGUCCAAGAUGGCACGGCGCAACAAGAAGACAGGGGCUAAGGAGGGACAAGAAAGUAAGAAGCGCAGCUCGUUGUUCAGGAAAAUCACUAAGCAGUCGAACCUGCUCCACACCAGCCGCAGCCUGUCCUCUCUGAACCGCUCUCUGUCAUCAGGGGACAGCCUCCCAGGCUCCCCCACCCACAACCUCUCUUCCCGCUCCCCCACACAGAGCUACCGCUCCACCCCCGACUCCACCUACCUGGGCAACACUUCUCAGAGCAGCUCUCCAGUCUCCAGCACCCCUAACUCCCCGGCUGCCUCCCAGCACAUGAGACCCAGCUCCCUGCACGGCCUCUCCCCCAAGCUSCACCGCCAGUACCGCUCAGCCCGCUGCAAGUCAGCUGGCAACAUCCCCCUYUCCCCCCUGGCCCACACACCCUCCCCCACCACCGCCUCUCCCCCACCCCUGUCUGGCCACACGGUGGGUAGCUCCAACACCACCCAGGCCUUCCCAGCCAAGCUCCACUCCUCUCCACCUGUGGCCCGUCCCAGGCCCAAAAGCGCAGAGCCUCCCCGCUCACCCUUGCUACAGCGGGUUCAGUCGUCAGAGAAACUGGGCGCGACACUCCUGACCUCCUUUUCAUCUUCGUCGUCAGCUUCKUCACCCCUUGCAGGGGGGGUGUCAAUGCGUAAGCACGGCCUGGAGGUGUCACAUGGGGACUACAGGAGGGAGUCUUACCACUGCGAGCACAGCCUGCAGAGUCUGUUGGAGAUGGAGGGAGAGAACGGGCCCGUUCCCCCCUCUCCCUCGUCUUCCUCCUCCCCCUCUCCCCCCACGGUUGGAGAGACAGGGUGCCUGAAGCCUGCGAGGAGGCUGGGGAGACAGGAGUCGCCCCUGAGCCGGGACACACUGCUGACAGGGAGGGAGAGAGCUGCCCAGACUACAGCAUCUGACCCUCACACUGACASCACACCUGUUAAAGUGGAGCCCAAGACCAGCGCUGGUGAGACAGCUCAGACAUUAACCCCUUGCGAGGCUCUGAAGAGAAAUGCUUCCCCAGUACCAGGUGAGGCCCAGCCUAGCCCAGCCUCAACCCCCUCCACUCCAGGGGCCAAGUCCAGCCCAGCAGACAAACCUCUAAGCUCUAGUGCUCCAAGCUCUGAGACAGCCAGUGGAGGCCCUAAACUCACUGACAGGGCCCCAGUCAAGGCUACAUCCCAGAGUCCGCUCUCCCAGGAGCGUAAGCACCAGGCUGUCCAGACAGACACCACCCCAGCAAGCAGAAACCAGGAGAAGAGUGAGAAGAAAGGGAGUGUGGGCCCAGACAAAGUCACUACACAGAGGGCGGGAGCUACAGAGUUGGCCAAGGCAAGUAAAGACACACAGAUGGGAGAGAGCACUUUGAAAGGAGGGAUGGGUGGCAUUGACAAAGCCACUGAGACCAAAGUUAAAGGACCUGCUCCUUCAGUCCCAACCCAAGCACCAGCCCCAACCCCGGCCCCAUCCCCUCUUACCAUAGGCCCAGUUCCUGCUUCAACAAAAUCCAGAGCAGACAAGGUUUCUGUCCCGUUGAGCAGCUACCGAGGGGCAAAGGAGGAGAGGAGUCACCUGGAGGUGGUGGAGGAGAACCCUAUGUCCCCCUCCUCCACCGCUGCCUCCCCCUGCUCCAGCAAGUCAUGCCCCGUCUCCCCUGGUGACAAGCCAAGCUUUGUGACUCAGCUGACCAGUGUGGCCAAAAACGUGCUGGGGCCUAUGAAGAUGGGAUCCCAGGAAGGGCCCAAGGGCGGUGAGGAGAAACGGGGAAGUUCAGCAGGAAAGUCUGAGGCUCCGUCUGGAGGUAGUCAACGGGGGGCUCAGGGGACAUCUCKAYGUCCUYCCGGCUCAGCUCAGCCUGAAAAGGCAAACACGAGGAAUUCAGGUAAGCACCACUCCUGAUCUGCGAGUGAGAGACAAACCUGGGAUCUCCCGGAAAAUGCCUUUUGGAUCAGAAUAUCAUGCCACCAUAUCAGGCACGGACAGGGCACCCUCAAAAAAGGGACAAAAACAUGUACACCUAAAGAAACACACACCAAAUAGCUAGAAAAUASAGACCUGUAGAUAAAWCAAGAAUAUGUGGAGGAAUGUGCUUUAAUGCUGUUCUCAAAUGUGUGUAUGUAUGUACUAUAUGUGUAAUGUAUAUAGCGUGUCUUCUUGCAUGUUCCAAAUUGUACAUGAGAGAUAAAAGAGAAUAUUUAAAGAGAUUAGGAAAAAAAUCUAACAGACCUGAUGGUAGUGAACACUGUGAACAUCAUGUCAACAGCCCCCACAUGUUCCCAAUGUAAACAGCAUGUCUAUAGGCAGGCUUCUGUCACAGUCUGUCACCACAAGGAACAUUACCCAUGUCCGUCAACUCCGGUGCCAUCUUUUCACUCAGUUAAAAUACCUAAAGAUAGCACCUUGUUCUUUUUCUCACACAGUACCUGGAAAAUAGAUUGAGAGAAGAAUUGUUGCAUUGGUGUAACAUGCAUUGGUGUAACAUGCAUUGGUGUAACAUGCAUUGGUGUAACAUGCAUUGGUGUAACAUGCAUUGGUGUAACAUGCAUUGGUGUAACAUGCAUUGGUGUAACAUGCAUUGGUGUAACAUGCAUUGGUGUAACACAUUGAGAUGUGUUCCUAACUGGACUAAGAUGAUGACCUGCUUGCUAAAUGUGGAACUUGGAAUUGUAUUGUGUAAAGGAGAGCUGAAUGAAUUUGUUUGUGUGUUUUAAGGGCUGAGUCCUGGUUGGAUUUUGGUGGACUAUCUGAACUUGCACAGGGACACUAUGCAAUGGGCUUUUUAAGUAUUUUCCUGUGUCCCCUACAAUGUACCCAUGAACGGAUGUUAGGGAGGUAAAGGUUUGCAAUAAGCCAAGCAAGCAGAUAUAUUGUUCUACGAAUUGUCUGCAUUGACUCAACCCACUGGGCACACACUGGUUGAAGUCAAUGUUGUUUCCACGUUGAACCAACAUGGAAUAGACAUUGAAUUGACAUCUGUGCCCAGUGGGCAUUGUGAAAUGUGCAAUUAUUUAGGUUCUGAAAUUAAUACAGUGCUAAUGAAUUGAACUAAAGAAGAGGAACCCAUAUGUCUCUGUGUGUGAAUUAAGUGUGGUCAGGUGAUGAAAUUGAUACUAUAGAAUGGGAGUCUUGUUUGAGACUUACUCGUACUCUGGCAACGUAGGCUAGAACUCUCUCCCUUUUCAAUGUAUGCAAAAUUAGCGUUGUAUAAUGUAAUGUGCGAAUAAAAGUGCCAGUUUAUUUGAGGGAUAUGUUGUUUACAGUGAUGUGUAAUGAUAUGCAAGUUCUAUGUAGAAUUCCUAGUGAGAUCUGAGAGCCCACCGUAGACCUAGGCAGCACUCUCAUCAGGGACGUAACUUAAUAUGUUCAUGCCCAUWCCUGUAUCAGACUGCCAUCUUGUGGUCAUCACACGACUGUCCUGAACAUAGUAUUUGAGGUAAAAAUGUAAUUUACACAUAAUCAAUUCACAAUUUAAUGACACAAGAUUAGAUUUUAUCCGAGAUAUUACCCUCAUAUCUUCAUGAUUUUCUAUUGUAACCACUGUUCCAUUCAUAUAGCUACUAGAAACUUGUUUGUCUAAAUACAAUUUGAAAAAACUUUUGUUGUGUGUAUUAUGACCGAUAAAGAGAGAUGUAUGAUACUGAUACUGUGCUCCUAGGAGACGACAAACAGCUCAUAUUUAGAUGAAUGCUAGUUAAAAGCUUGUGUUUGUGUAUGUGGGGGUGUGCGUGGAAAUUGCACUUUAUUUUGUGUCAUAUGUAUUUAUUUAUCUAUUUAUUACACUUUAUUUAUUGUAUUUGAUUAUUUGUCAAUUGCUCUCAAACGGUUUACUUGUGCAUUGUUCUUUGAAUUGUUAUUUAUAUCUCUAAAUUGUAAGUCUACAAAUGAGAGAAUUUACCAAAUCUGUGUGGUUGUCCUAUUUUGUGCAGUUAUACUUCUGUCAUUCCAUAAGAGAGUUGCAAUACACCAUGGCCUCUGUCCAUGUUGACUUAUUUGUGAGUUUUGACUUUUUUAUGACACUUCUCUCAGUUCAUUGUUGUCCAUGUCAUUUUAUUCCUUAGGCACUGUUAUGAAACCAAUGCAAAAAAAAGCCUAUAGAGUAAUAAAAUCCUUCAAGAGAAUCCUUAAAUUA